CUGUUUAACUCUGUUUAAUUCUUCAGGAUUUGGACCAUUCCAUAGGAACUCAGUACAGUGCCAACCCACCUGUUACAAUUGAUGUACCGAUGACAGACAUGACCUCAGGCUUGAUGGGGCAUAGCCAAUUGACUACCAUUGAUCAAUCAGAACUGAGUUCUCAACUUGGUUUAAGCUUAGGGGGUGGUACCAUCUUGCCCCCUGCCCAGUCACCUGAGGAUCGUCUUUCAACCACACCUUCACCUACUAAUUCACUUCAUGAGGAUGGUGUUGAGGAAUUCCGGAGGCAACUUCCCACUCAGAAGACCGUGGUAGUGGAAGCAGGGAAAAAGCAGAAGGCCCCAAAGAAGAAGAAAAAGAAAGACCCUAAUGAGCCUCAGAAACCAGUUUCAGCAUAUGCUUUAUUCUUUCGUGAUACACAGGCAGCCAUCAAGGGACAGAAUCCUAAUGCCACAUUUGGAGAGGUUUCAAAGAUUGUGGCUUCUAUGUGGGAUAGUCUUGGAGAGGAACAAAAACAG